AUGAUCCACGUCCAAAGAAACUCCGUGCUCGCCCUCGCCCUCGCACUUGUACUUCCGACUGCCUCCUCGACGCGAUUACCUGCUGCUGUCUUGGCGCAAACAUCAGCGCGCUCCGCUUCCGACCUCUCGCGUCUAUAUAGACCCAGCACUCUGCUUCCGCUACGCCCUCUCCGCCACAUCCAAACCCGUCUACAUCCGACUCGCCAGCCACCACGCCGCCUCCUUCACUCUCCCUCUGAUCAUCACUCUUUCACCCAACACCUAGAAACUAUGCCCAAGAUCAUCUACUACGCCGUACGCGUCGGACGAGAGACCGGCGUCUUCACCGACUGGGACGUGGCCGCGCCGCUCGUUGUUGGUCACUCGGGCGCCGUCCACAAGAAGUUUUCUUCUAGGCUCGAAGCCGAGCGCUUCGUCAACGGAAAGAGCACCGAGCCUCCUUCCAGCGCUACCAACGAAAAGCCCAAGCAGGCACUGGGAAAGCGCAAAUCCAUCUCGCCCCCCGCAUCCAACCCGCCCGCAAAGCCGCAGCCGCAGCCCAAGAAGAAACGCGCCAUCGCCCCGCCCCCGUCCAAGAAACGACGCAACAGCACCGCUCCCUCCUACUCGGACGCCACUUCGGUCGCCGCAUCGUCCACUCAGGCUACGCGCAAGAUCAACGUCUACUGCGAUGGGUCCGCCGUUGGUAACGGCAAGAAGGGCGCGCGCGCCGGCUACGGUGUCUGGUUCGAGGACCAAGCGCUCCACCACCUAAACGAGGCUCGCCGACUCCCCGGUAAGAUUCAGACCAACAACCGCGCAGAGCUCCUGGCCAUCGUCCGCGCCAUCCAGCUCUGCCCCAACGACGGCCGCCAGCUGCUCAUCUUUACCGACAGCCAGUACAGCAUGGACGCCGUAACAAAGUGGAUCGACGGAUGGAAGGAGAACGGCUGGUUCACCGCCACCGGCAAGGAGGUGCUCAACAAGGAUCUUAUCGUACAGCUCGAUCACGAGCUCAAUAGCCGCUUCCCCAAGCCCGCCAUGACAUACGUCAAGGGCCACUCGGGCAUCGAGGGCAACGAGAUCGCUGACCGCAUGGCAAAGCUCGGCGCCACCCUGCCCGAGUGCGACUGA